AAUGGGCUCGUUUCGGCAUGCGUGAUAGCUAAAAAGGAAAGAAAAAAGAAGUCAUUGCGAUCGUGCUGUAGCUUGGUGACGACGUUCUUAAAUUUUGAGGAAUUCUGCAAACGUCGACGGCCAGGGAUAUUUAUGGACGCUGCAACGAAAUUAAGAGCUGGCUUGAUGGGAAAAGUGUCAAGGAAGGACGCGCAACACAGCAUUCCCGUGGCUUACGUCGGAACCGCAUUUACCCUGGGAUGUUUUACCUUCGUGUUCUUAUCUUCAGUGACGGUUUCAGGGAAAAACAUGAGUGACCCAGAAUGUGGCCGAUCAACGCCAGCGUCAAGAAUAGUCAUGGGCAGAGCAAUUCCAAGAACGCGUCUGCCAUGGAUUGUGUAUAUCGAAAGCACACGAUACCUUACCCCAACGACAAGGACGAAGCAAGUUUGCGGCGGCAGCUUGAUUGCCCACAACUAUGUCGUAACCGCAGCGCACUGCGUCGUUGACUCGGAAGGAAAGAAGGCCCACAAGGUGGUAAUUUAUUACAACGCAACAAAACCUCAGCAAGGCCCAGAAGUUCGCGCGGAAGUGAUAAUUAUGCAUCCGAACUACGACGAUGACACUCUUGAAAACGACAUCGCCCUUCUGAAGUUGCAGGAAUCUCUGUACAUAGAUCACUUUGUGAGGCCAGUGUGCUUACCGGAAGAAGAAUUGAACCUCACAGGGCAGCCGGUCACCAUCGCUGGUUGGGGAUACACAGCCGAGAACAAGACUGCUAUGUCCUACAAACUUCGUCGGAUAAAUCGUAAAAUUCUACCAUACACAAGGUGCGAAGAGACGCUUGUGGAGAAAUGGCAGGCCCCACUGUUCAACAGCUCUGUGAUAUUGUGCACUUCCUCUACGGACAAAGACGCCUGUAAGGGUGACUCUGGUGGUCCUGUCACCAUGUGGAGACACGGGCUUGGCUACCAAGUGGGCAUCGUGUCGUUUGGACUGGGCUGCGCUCGACCAAACGGCACCAGCCUGCACACGAACCUUCACUUCUACCUGCCGUGGAUCGCCUCCGAGAUUUCAUCUCGCCGUGGCCAACAUGUGAUCUACCCUAGCGAUGCCGUUAAUCAGCGUGUCACGACACCGAGCAAAGAAACCAACACCCCUCACGCCGAAGCGCCCAACGGGAAAACGGAAAAGCUGUUUCUACAGCUUCAAGAGAAGAGUCUCGUGCUGCGACACUUGGUACAUAGCUUCACAAACGGCAAACCCCAGCGUUCGAAGGCGCGCACACAAUAGGAGAGAAAAAGCAAACAUCUCCUGCGAGAAAGACCAGAAUAGAAAAAAGUGCAUUCACUUGUCGUGCCUUCCAGUUAGAGAAACGACUCUUCUGCGAUGAAAGCUAGCAGCAGACUAGUCAGAAGGUCUACUGUAACCCUUCCUACCAAGGCGACCACAAAAUUCAUUGAACUGACCUCCACAGCAGGAAGCAGCUCCACGUACAUUACAAGAAAUGCCAGAAGAUUUCGUCGCCACAUUUUCGAGCAGAGGCAGCGGUACGGUUAUGGCGAGUACUUCUAAAGGAGAAAGCAAGACUUUUAUCACCACGCCUCCUAGCGCAGGAAGCGCGACGUGUGAAUCAAAUCAAAUAUGUAGCGGCGCUGUAAUGGUAUGCCUCUGAAAUUAAGAAAAAGCUUCAUUGCGUAUUGCGGGGUUUUCUUGCUGACGAAACAUGCGCUUUACAGACGCUCCUCCCAGUUCCUGAAACAAUGCCAAAAUCACGUUUGACUGCGCUGUUGCUUGCGAGCUCCUUAUAAUUUCCUAGCCGGGAAGUACCACCGCACAUAGGGAACAAAUGCACAGGAAUUGUUGAAGCUCAAGGGACUACACAAGCUUGAAGAACGAAUGAAAUAAGGUAACAUUUGAACCGAAUGACUGUUACACUUAGAAAUGUAGCGACAUCUAGGCAACAGGUAAAUAAAAUGGGAAUGCGAUAAGUUCUCCCAGAGCAACUUUAGGGACAUUUUUUGAAAAUGAACACCCCUUUCCUGUCUCAAUACGUUCAAAUGCAUAACUUGUACGGAUCUAGGUGAACAGGCUAAAAGUACCCGUUUUAUGGGAAAUACAUUCAAGAACAUUGAGAGCAAAUGUUCUCAAUUUCAGCAGCACAAAGUGCCAUAAAAUAAUGGUGCACUACGUGGGUGAAAGUUCAAGGUCGAUGUCGUAGCAUUAGGCGUGACUUCACGUAUUAUUUCUGCAGGGUAACUGGCAUACGAAAGAACAUAACGGCCUCAAGAUCGUGUUUCGGGAAUAAUCUUUGUACUUAAAAACUGUCGAGGGUGUGUUCUAAAGAUAGUUGGAAGGAUUUAUAAUAAUAAAGGCAAGAGAAAUCGCAGGCAUUGCGAAUAUUUCAGUAACGCUGCUUUGAAGGCAACAAUCAACAGGUCUGGCACCGAUGAAAAAAUGUCUUCAGUAUACACUAAAAUUUACCGACAGAAAUGGUGGUCUGCAUUUCCGCACUGGGGACACGUAUACCUGCUUUUAUGCCGAUAGGCUCCUUCCUGGGUUAUUUCCCAGGCUCAUCGCGUACUAAGCGUUUUUUAUUUUCAGCUCGUACUUAUCACCCUAAGCUGUUCCUCUUCAUUGUGGAUGUUAUGACACACAUAUAUUACGUUUGCUGUCGAAGGAACAUUGAAGAGCGAGAGUAAGUAUGUCAUUUACGAAACAAGAGAGCAAGAAGUGGCACUCUACGCAGUCAUAUUUAAAGCAAAGAAACUAAGGGGCAAAAGAAACAGGCAAAUGACAUAAGAAGAUUGCCAGAAUACAAAAUACUAUAAAAAACAGGCGUCCAGGGAACCUUUAAAAUAUUUUGGAAUUUUCAGUAGGUAGUACACUUUAGAGACUUCGGCUGACGUUAAAACGGAGAAGAAAACAUGGUUGUAACGAUGACAAUGGAUGGAUGACGGUGCCAGGGCAGUAUGACCGUGAUGCCACAAGAAAUGUUAUGAAGACAGCGUGAGAGUCACGACAAUUGUAGCAGUACUAUCUCGUAUACUUUUCAGGUAAUUGCUAUCAAAACUAAGCUAUGAUGUUGAAGACUUUCAUACGCCGAACGUCAUACACAGAACUCGUGAGACCAUUAGCAGCAACGCGCCAUUCCGACAUUAUCCUCAUAACGCCUAAACUAAUUUUGCUUUUUGUAUGGCAUGUACUAACUUGUUUUUACUUAGCUCGAACACAAAAUUGGGCAUGCACAAGUACAGGUAAUGCUAUCACUUUCUGGCACAGCUCAUUGAAAGGAGCAGUGUCAGGGUACAGGAGAUAAAAUACUAAGUUUAACCGUUCUGUGUAACCGAACAUGGCAGUUACUUCAAUAUUUCAUCUGAAAACCCAAGUUAUUGCGGUGCAUUAGCAAUGUUGUGUCAAAUAACGCUGCUUUCAGCAGCAGAACGUGUCAUCAAACUAUG